AUGGCGUCAGGCAAGUUCUCCGAUGCCUUCACAUUCCUCCCACAGGGCGGCAUCAUUCAGGAAUUCAGAGUCGGCGGCCGUAAUAUAGUGCUGGGCUUCCCAUCAGCAGCGUCGUACAAGACCGAGGCCAGCCCGUUCUUCGGCGAGAAUAUUGGCAGAGUAGCGAACAGAAUAUCCGGAGCGAAGAUCAAUAGCUUGAACGGGAAAAGCUAUCAGCUUACUGCCAAUAAUGGCCCGAACACAUUACACGGAGGACCGCAGGGAUGGGGAAAGAAGGACUUCGAGGGCCCGACACCGACUCAACGCAACGGUCGUGAUGCUGUGUUGUUCAAGUACGUCAGCAAGGAUGGAGAGGAAGGAUUUCCUGGGACGGUGGAGAUGAGAGUGUGGUAUACCCCUUCGCUUGAACAAGAUGAAGGCAUUGAAAAGACAAGCUUGGAGAUUGAGUACGAAGCCGAGUUGAUCGGCGAUGAGGUGGAAGAGACAGUUGUCAGCUUGACAAACCACAGCUACUUCAAUAUCUCUGAUGGACCUACCAUUGAGGGCACGAAGGCGCGCGUGCACACCAACCUGCACAUGGUCACAGACGACGUCGACAUUCCCACCGGUGCGAUUGAGCCAUACCCAGGCAUUCCACUCAACGAGGAGUUUGUGCUUGGUGCAAAAGAGCCCAAUCCAGAUCACUGCUUCGUGAUGAACCCCAACGCUGCGAGCAUUCCAUUGGACACCCGCACAGAGCCGAUGAAGAAGCUGAUUGAGCUGUCUCACCCAAACACUAACAUCCACUUUGAGGCUCUUAGCACAGAGCCUGCAUUCCAAUUCUACGCUGGCCGCUUCAUCGAUGUACCUGCAAUGGACGGACAACCUGCUCGAGGUGCCCGAAGCGGUCUCUGCAUCGAGGCAAGUCGUUACGUCAACGCCGUCAACCACGAUCCAUGGAAGCACAUGGUGCUGCUCAAGAAAGGCCAACUGUGGGGAAGCCGUACGAUCUACCGGGCGUGGGUUGCGUAA